CGAUGUCAUGCCAAAGAAGUCACCAUUGAUCUUGAUGAAAUGCCAUGAACAUAUCAACCUGAUCGUCAUGAACAAUGAGGUUCUAUUCUUUAACCACUUUGAUGGACCAUACUAUCCAACCCUAAAAUUGCUUCAUAAAUAUCCGAACAUGUUACCAAGGUUGCAGGUGGAUCGUGGUGCAAUUAAAUUUGUUAUAGGAGGCGCUAACAUCAUGUGUCCAGGAUUGACUUCAAAAGGCGCUAGAAUGGACGUUUCAGUACCUGCAGAUACCGUUGUCGCAAUUACAGCCGAGGGCAAGAAUGAGAUUUUGGCUGUUGGAACCACGAAAAUGUCGACUGACGACAUCAAACGCAUCAACAAAGGCAUUGGUGUCGAGACGGUGCAUUACCUGAAUGACCAUUUGUGGAAGACAGUGGUGGAUCUCUAAGAUAAACAGCGUCGUAACAUGGAAUAAAAUAUUUAGCUUAUACAGUCC